AUGAAAAUAAUAGUGCUUCUAAGUUUUUUCUUAGCGUACAACCACGCUGCACCGGAAUUCAGUGGCAGAGCAAGAAACUUUAGUAUCGAAUUAUUGCAUUUUACACAAAUAGAAACGGAUGGACACGUAGUGAUAUCGCCCUUUGGUAUUUGGACAUUGUUGACCGGCAUCGCGUUAGGUGCGACAGGAAGAAGCAAGAAUCAAAUCACACACGCCUUAUACUUGCCCAAGAAUCAAGAUACCAUAAUAAGCGGUUAUGCUAAUUUAACAAAAACCGUUUUGGACCCCAAAAGUCCCGAUGUUACGUUGGCAAGUAAGAAUUUCAUGUUCCUCGACAAAGACUUUCCAAUAUACCCGGAAUUCCAGAACACUAUAACGAAUGAUUUCGGGGCAAUGAUAAGGAAUUUGAACUUCAAAAAUCCAGAUGCGGCCGCCCAAACUGCGAACGCCCUCAUCAAUGACUCAGGGGCAAAAGUGUCUAAUGUUUUGACGUCCGAUGAUUUCAUGAACUCCAGAAUGAUAUUAACUAACGUCAUAACAUUCAAGGGUCUCUGGCAAUCUCCAUUUAACACAUCAGACACCACCGUGGAAAAGUUUUACGACGAGGACAACCAAGAAAUCGGUAAAGUGAACAUGAUGUACCAGAGGGGUCAACUUCCUUACUCCAAUAUUAAAGAACUGAAGUCGCUCAUAAUGGAAUUACCCUACGGCAUCGAUGGGAAGUAUGUUAUGCUAGUGGUCCUCCCGUACCCAAAAGUAAAAGUUCACGACGUAUACGAAAAGUUCCAGACCGUAUCCUUCAAAGAUAUAUUUAAUAGAUUGCAACUAGACGUAGACAAUUUCGGUUUGGAGGAUAUCGACGUCAAAUUGCCAAGGUUCAAGAUCAGCACGAACGUCGUGAUGAACGGACCUUUGAUUCAAAUGGGCGUCGUGGAUAUAUUUGAGCCGAACAAAGCUAGUUUCGAACUUGUCUCGCGAGAGAACAUCUACGUUUCUGCCAUCGUCCAUAAGGCUGACAUAGAGGUCACUGAAUCCGGAACUGUUGCCUCCGCCGAGACGAGCGCGUACUUCGCUGAUAGGAUAUCUACACCGCGCUUCAACGCGAACAGACCAUUCCUAUACUUUGUCAUGGAAAAAACAACCGAGACUGUGAUAUUUAGUGGCAUUUAUUCCAAACCCUCCAUGUUCUGA